GAAGAAGAAAGACGACUACGCCAAUACCCUCGAACAGGAGACUCGUCAGCUACAAGACGAAAUCAAUAAGCUCGAGAAGCGACGACGUUCGGUAUCCUCUGCGAUCCCGACCAAGGAGAACGUCUGGAGUGUUUCGACCGAAUACUUUCGACUGUUUCGUUACGGUGUCAAGACUUCUGCUACUACGCAGCCGUCGGCUCAGCAAGACUUGCUGCGCAACGCUAUGGCCCCAGACGUGGCGUUUAACGCUGGUCGCGGCAUAGAAGCCAUGAUGAGGAGCUGGAAAUGUCUGUGCAUGUGGUUCGAAGAUGUGGAACUCGAGCUGGAAGGCCUGACGAAGACUGGCAACUCGGUAGUCGCUGAGACGACGACAAGAGUCACCAUUACGGAGAGGACAUUGCGGAAUGUGUUCCCUCAUCUUACGAGUAGUGACAAGGACCAUCCUUUGGCGGAUAAGCUGCUGAAUCAACGGCUUGUCAUGCGCGGCUCGAUGAGGUUCGAGUGGGAUCCCGCUUACUGCCGCGUGGCGAGCGUAAUGAGCAAGUCGGAUCUAUUGAGAUCUAUGCUGCGUCUUUUAGGGAACUUGGAGGACACGUCUCGCGUGUUUGAGAGGGCUCUGAUCUCUCCGGACUUCCAGUGGAGGUCAACUAAACCAUAAUUUCAUGUUUUAUUUCCAUGUUUCCAAGAGAUGACAAAGUUCUGAAUAUCUGAUCUAAUCUAAGAGGUACGUUUAUUUUGUUUUAGUAAAGAAAUGGCGUAAUCAUUUAAAGUCGGUACAGAUGGAUGCAAUUACAGAG